AUGAACGAGGGCGCGCCAAUGAUGUAUCAUGGGAGCGGGGCCUACGGAGGACCGGGGCAGAUAUUCAUGAUGGGUGGACAGGAGCGGCCGGCUCGCCACUACCCGCUGGACGCGCUGCAGAGCUUGGGCGGGGGCUCACCAGCCGGACACGCCACUCCGCGCCGCUGGCAGCCCCGCCGCGACCGCCACCCUAGCGCCAAGGGUGGAGGAGACAACACAGCCUUUGGUUAUGACUCAGAUGACUCCAGCCUCUCAAGUAAUGCCUCUGGCUCCAACAAGUCGGGAGAAAAAGGUGAGGAGUCAUCCCGCAACACGGAGCGUACGUCGGGCGGGCACUACACGGGCGGCUACGGCCAGGUGCGGGAGUGGCGCGGCCGUCGCGGCCGGGACGUGCGCCCGCAGCGACGCAUCGCGCCCGAGAGGUAUCUCAACGGCUCCUACCCGUUCCAAGUCAAGUUUACGCCCGACGACUUGCUAAAUGGUUCAAAAUGGGACACACUGUCUCAAGAAAUCUGGGAUAAGUUCAUAAAAUCACAGCAAACAGAGGAGACAUUCAGAAAGAAAAUGAACCUUUGGAGAUAUCUUUUCAUCACAAUAAAGACAAUAUUCCCGCGCUACGGUCUGUACGUGGUGGGCUCGACGAUGUCUGGCUUCGGCCUGGACUCGUCCGACAUGGACCUCUGCCUGUACGUGCGGCCCGUGGACGACCUCGACCCGCGCUCACACGCACUGCUGCAUCUCAACUAUAUACUAAGCUACAUACGGAGCUUCGAUCCUAAUGCGGAACUGAUCCAGGCGAAGGUGCCGAUACUGAAGUUCCGAGACUCCCGCAACGGUCUGCAGGUAGACCUCAACUGUAACAACGUCGUCGGCAUACGAAACACUAAUCUACUGCACUGCUAUUCUAGGCUGGACUGGCGCGUUCGUCCGCUGGUGGCGCUGACCAAGCUGUGGGCGCAGGCGCACGACAUCAACGACGCCCGCCACCGCACGCUGUCGUCCUACUCGCUCACGCUCAUGGUCAUCCACUUCCUGCAGUGUAGGUAUCCGACAGGGGCGGCGCGAGGGGCUCGGGAGCGUCCGAGCGGUGCUACAAGUGGUCGGUUGCAGGCGGCACGGUGCCGAGCAUCCUGCCGCGCGCGGCGGAGGCGGGCGCGGGCGCGCGGCGGGCCCACAACCGCAGCUCGCUGGCCGAGCUGUUCGUGCAGCUGCUGCAGUACUACGCGUCGUUCCCGUUCGAGCGCAUGGCGGUGUCGGUGCGCGCGGGCGGGCGCGUGCCGGUGGCGGCGUGCCGCGCGGCGCGCGCGCACAAGAACGACCCGCACCAGUGGAAGCUGCUGUGCGUGGAGGAGCCCUUCGACCUCACCAACACGGCGCGCUCGGUCUACGACCCCGACUCCUUCGACAAGAUCGUGUCCGCCUUCCGCACGUCGGCGGCGCGCCUGGCGGCCGGCCUGCGGCUGGCGGACGCCUGGCCGCAGCGAUGAUGGCGGCCCCCGGCGCCGCGACUGA